GGUUUUGUUAUCCAAUUGGCUAAUGUUAGGGGUGGGUAGGGAGUGUGCAGGGAGAUUUGAAUUUGAAGCCGGUAGGCAGUGAUAGCCUGCAGGCAGUUGUCGAGGAGUGAUAGUGACUUUUCGGCCUCUAGAAAUUGGUCGUCAGCAUGUCGUUUCCUAAGGCGCCCCUGAAACGAUUCAACGACCCUUCUGGUUGUGCACCAUCUCCAGGUGCUUAUGAUGUUAAAACAUCAGAAAUUUUGAAAGGACCAGUAUCCUUUCAGAAAUCACAAAGAUUUAAAAAACAAAAAGAAUCCCAACAAAAUCCUAGUGUUGACAAAGAUGCUACCUUGCCUGCUUCAGCUAGGAAAGUCAAGACCUUGGAAUUAAAGAAGGAAUCUCAAAAGAAUGAUAAAGAUUUGAAGAUCCUGGAAAAAGAGAUUCGUGUUCUUGUGCAGGAGCGUGCUGGUCAGGACAGGAGGAUCCAGGACCUGGAAACUGAGUUGGAGAAGGUGGAAGCAAAGCUAAAUGCUGCAGUCAGGGAAAAAACAUCGCUCUCUGCAAAUAAUGCUUCACUGGAAAAACAGCUUAUCGAAUUGUCAAGGACUAAUGAACUACUAAAAUCUAAGUUUUCUGAAAAUGGUAACCAGAAGAAUUUGAGAAUUCUAAGCCUAGAGUUGAUGAAACUUAGAAACAAAAGAGAAACAAAGAUGAGGAGUAUGAUAGCUAAACAAGAAGGCAUGGAGAUGAAGCUGCAGGUCACCCAGAAGAAUCUCGAAGAGUCUCAGGGGAAAAUAGCCCAACUUGAGAGGAACCUGUAAGUCACUAAAAAGAAAGAGAAGAUAAGCAUAACCAAUUUUCCACUGGCUUCUCUUAGCCAGUUACUAUUGGAAUUAUCUUCUAGUCUUCAGCAGAAGCUAUGUUCUUUUCAAGAGGAAAUGAUUAAAGAGAGGAACCUCUUUGAGGAAGAAUUAAAGCAAGCACUGGAUGAGCUCGAUAAAUUACAGCAAAAGGAGGAACAAGCUGAAAGGCUGGUCAAGCAAUUGGAAGAAGAAACAAAACUUAAAGCUGAAGAACUCAAACUCCUAGAAGAAAAGCUGAAAGGGAAAGAAGCUGAACUGGAGAAAAAUAAUGCUGCUAACAUUCAAGCUACCCUGCUUUUGCAGGAAAAGUAUAAUAGCACAGUGCAAAACCUCGGGGAUGUUACUGCUCAGUUUGAAAGCUAUAAAGCAUUAACAGCUAGUGAGAUAGAAGAUCUUAAGCUAGAGAACUCAUCACUACUUGAAAAAGUAGCCAAGGCUGAGAAAAGUGCAGAGGAUGUUCAACAUCAGAUAUUGGCAACUGAGAGCGCAAAUCAAGAAUAUGCAAGGAUGCUUCUAGAUCUGCAGACCAAGUCGGCACUUAAAGAAGCAGAAAUUAAAGAAAUCACAGUUUCUUCUUUUAAACAAAUAACUGAUUUGCAGAACCAACUUAAGCAACAAGAGGACGACUUCAGGAAACAGCUGGAAGAUGAAGAAGCAAGAAAAUCUGGACAAGAAAAUACAAUAGCGGAAUUAACUGAAGAAGUUAAUAAGUGGCGUCUCCUUUAUGAAGAACUGUAUAGUAAAACAGAACCUUUUCAGCAACAACUGGAUGCAUUUGAAGCAGAGAAACAGGCAUUGUUGAAUGAACACGGUGCAGCUCAGGAACAGCUAAAUAAAAUAAGAGAUUCAUAUGCUAAAUUAUUGGGUCAUCAGAAUUUAAAGCAGAAAAUCAAGCAUGUUGUGAAGUUGAAAGAUGAAAAUAGCCAACUCAAAUCGGAGGUGUCAAAACUCCGCUCCCAGCUUGCUAAAAAGAAACAAAGUGAGACAAAACUUAAGGAGGAAUUGAAUCAAGUUCUGGGUAUCAAACGCUUUGAUCCUUCAAAGGCUUUUCAUCAUGAAAGUAAAGAAAAUUUUGCCCUCAAAACCCCAUUAAAAGAAGGCAAUACAAACUGCUACUGAACUGUGAAGUGUCAAGAAUCAUGA